UGAACAGCUGGGGUGAAAAUUCCCUGAGACAAUGUGGAAUCAUCUUUAACUCCAAGAAACCGUGUGACCUAGGAAGUGGACACAUCUCUAUUGAGUGAUAUCAUGGGUAACCUGCCUGGACUCUGGAGGUUUCAUCUAUUCCUAACCAGUUUUCAUGUUAACAUCUUAGCUUGAAGUUUUCAUACCACAAAGGGUUUGGAGUCAUGAGCAGGUUUAAUUAUGGAGAAACUGGUACCCCUACAGGUUUGACUCUACCAUCUACUACUGUCACCACUACUGCUAGUUCAAGCACCAUGCUGUUUACUUCAGUAUCAAAUGCUUUUACAUCUACAGCAGCCUCAGAGCUCUCAUCUACAACUUCAACAACUACCACCACCACUGUUACCACCAAUACUACUACCACAAUUACAAGUGGCUUUAACCUGAAUCUAAGACCACUGACAUCCCCUGGGAUUAAUAACACUGAUCCAGUCAGUGUUUCUUCUGUACCUCUUACUUCAACUGUUAAUUCAAUAGUAACUCCAGUGAUGACAUAUGGUCAGCUGGAUGGUCUGAUAAACAAGUGGAGUCUUGAGCUAGAGGAUCAAGAAAAGUAUUUUCUUCGUCAGGCCACUCGAGUCAAUGCUUGGGACUGCACAUUGAUGGAGAAUGCUGAGGAGAUUUCUAUUUUACAUGGAGAAGUGGAAAAAGUGAAACUGGAUCAGAAAAGAUUGGAGCAAGAAUUAGAUUUUAUCCUGUCACAGCAGAGGGAACUAGAAAAUCUUUUGACUCCUUUAGAGAAGACUGUGAAGGACCAAAGUGAGUCUGUUUAUCUGCAGCAUGAAGAUAAGGAGUAUGAGAGGAUUUAUAAAUUAGCAGAAACUAUAGAUGCUCAGCUGAAACGAAUGUCCCAAGAUCUCAAGGACAUUACUGGUCACCUGAAUACAUUUGAAAAUCCUGCUGCCACUACUGAUCGGCUCCAGCAGAUCUGCAAAAUUCUGAAUGCUCAUCUGGACUCUCUGCAGUGGAUUAAUCAGAAUUCAGGCAUGAUGCAAAAGAAGGUGGAAGAGAUAACAAAGAUUUUUGAGGAUUUUCAAAGCAAGGAGCAGGAACGCAAUGUGAAGAUUACCUUUGACUAAAGGCCAUAUCGUUAGCAUACUGAUUUUGGAUUGUUUCCUAUAAAUUUUGAUGAUGUUGACGUGUUUACAGUUACUACUUAAUCUUUCAUUGCAAUAAAAUGUG